AAUUCUCUCAGCACCAUGCCUUACAACUGCUGUCUGCCCAACGUGAGCUGCUGCUCCAGCUUCUCCUCCCGGCCCUGCGUGCCCCCCAGCUGUCGCAGCUGCACCCUGCCCGGGGCCUGCAACAUCCCCGCCAACGUAGGCAGCUGCAGCUGGUUCUGUGAGGGCUCCUUCAACAGCAAUGAGAAGGAGACCAUGCAGUUCCUGAACGACCGCCUGGCCAGCUACCUGGAGAAGGUGCGCCAGCUGGAGCGGGACAACGCAGAGCUGGAGAGCCGCAUCCGGGAGCGGAGCCAGCAGCUGGAGCCGGGAGUGUGCGCUAACUACCAGUCCUACUUCCGCACCAUCGAGGAGCUCCAGCAGAAGAUUCUAUCUGCCAAGUCUGAGAACGCCAGGCUGGUGUUGCAGAUUGACAAUGCCAAGUUGGCCUCUGAUGACUUCAGAACCAAGUACGAGUCGGAGCGUUCUUCGCGGCAGCUGGUAGAAGCGGACAUCAACAGCCUACGCAGGAUCCUGGACGAGCUAACCUUGUGCAAGGCUGACCUGGAGGCCCAGGUGGAGUCCCUGAGGGAGGAGCUGCUCUGCCUCAAGAAGAACCAUGAGGAGGAAGCCAACUCCCUGCGUAGCCAGAUUGGAGAC